AUGCAACACUCACACAAAUAUACUUGGAUAACACAUUCUGCCUCUCCCCCUUCCCCCCACCUCAAAAUCUACCAAAUUAAAAAUCAACAUCAAAGUCGCUUUUGGGGACAACAACAGCCCCGAAACAACUUAAAUCGUCACACGCAUCACUCCAACUGCAAACUCUACUCACUCAACAAUCAAUGCACAAUUCAACUAAUCGUCGGACAUCUGACACUCCACCCACCUGCACAACAGCAUCUCCGCUUGCCGCGGCUAGAUGACCCCAUACCGCGCAACCCACCAAUAACGUUCAGACGCGACCUGAAGAUAACGGGUAAUCAGGCGUUGGUGGGGACAUCUUCGACGACGUCUUCUACUAGUCAACAGCUCAAGCCUGUGUCGAGUGAGAGCGUCAUCUGUGCAGCCAAACGGCAGAAGCUGAUGAGGGUGGGCAGUGUUUCUGAUUUCAGAAGCGGGGUACGGCUCAGUGGUGGGUGUAGGUCAGGAGGGCGGACAAGAAGCUCGUCAAGAAAGUGGCGGUCAAUCAUAAUGGGCUCGCAACACAUUAGACCCAAUCAGUGA